GCCGUACGGAUCCAUCGGUAUUUUUUAAGGAUCCGUUACUCUCCAUAUUCGCAUUCCGAUUUUCGCUUUUUUUUUCACUUCUCCAAUUCGUUUUCUUCUUUGCCGUACCUACCUACUCCGAAGCAGUUCUUCUGAUUACACGUCAAACUUUUACCUCAAGAUUUAAAACAAGACGGAAGUACUACUUAAUUACAUAUUACGCAGAGAAUGGAACAAUAACGUACGGCGGAGACACGCACAAUACAGAUUGAACAUCGCUCACGCUCAAUUAAUUCAACGACGUCAAUUCAAAUCCAGAGACGCACAAAACAUCAAAAUGAUAAUGCUCAAAAGCUUCUUCAGGAGAAUCAGCAAGGAUUUCCGUCAGAAAGAGCUGAUGCCGCUGAAGUUAAUAUUUUUUAUUCACGCUUCCACACUUUACGUAUUGUAUCCGUACUUGACUAUACACAUGAGAGAAUUGGGAAUAAACGUGGAAGAGACUGCGAUAAUGAGUUCUAUCACUCCACUUGUGGCCAUAGUGAUGCCGCCGCUUGCCGGUAUGUUAGCCGACCGGAUAGGAAAUUUCAGAAUUUUACUAUCGAUAUUUUCCACGUUCGGAGGUUUAGCGGCGUUAUUGCUAUUACUGGUGCCGAUCGGCAGAGUGACAGUAGAUUUCCCAGAGAGGAUAGUCAUGGACCUCGGCUGUGAAGGUAGAAACGGUUCGCUACUACAUACAAUGAGCCAGGCUCAUCCGUGUGAGAUGCAGCUAGAAUCGGAGAUCGCUGUAAAAGUAGAAAGUUGUGGAUUCGUGUGUCGCGUAGAAACGAACAACGAAACGGAUCGAGGUCUGAUUCUAAGAUCGAGGCUUUACACAGUCCAACAUCUCAAUUUUCAGACUGGCGUUAAUACCUCAUACAAAUAUAUUGUCGCGCAGAGCGACUUGUCAACGAGUACUAGUCAACAGGAAGAUAUAAAGGAACGUCGGCAAUUAAGAAAUAAUGAAUUUUUUAAAACUACCAUCCGGCAAGUCUCGAAGACACACUAUUUCUUUCCAACAGAUCAGCUGUUCUCAUUUUCAUGUACGUCCCCGUCGGGACACGUCCAAGAUACCGAUAACUUUACUAUCGAAGCAUCACAUAAAAUGCACAGAAAUUAUACGUCAUGCGCAUUUGAUAGUUUAAUAAAAUCGAAGGAUAACAUCAACCGAACGAUAAAUUAUCAUUUGUACAAAUCGAAAAUGAAAAGUUUGAAACAAGAUGAAGAGGAUUUACAAGAAGAACGGCAAAGGUAUUUGACAGAAGAAAUGUCCUGGACCGGAGGAGAUUUUCGAAGAUCUAUUUGCAACGAUCCAGAUUCUACAGAUAAUCAAAUCACGAUUCAUAUGCGGCUCUAUGAUCACGAAGCGAAUCUAGAAGCAACCGAGCGAGUCUUGAGCGCAAACGAGUGCAACAAGAAAUGCAUAGUUACUUUGCCUCGCAACGCAAUGUGCACUAACAUGAAUAUGGAAAUCGAAUACAACAUAAAGCUAACGUUCUGGCUUUAUCUCGGCAUUCGAGUAUUCAUAGGUAUUAUUGGCGGUACAACUUUUGCCAUGUUCGAAGGUGCUGUUAUAGCAAUAUUGCGAGAGCAGGAGGCAGAUUAUGGUCUUCAAAGAAUUUAUGGCAGUAUAGGAGGCAUGAUUUCCUCACCCUUAUCGGGUAUUCUAAUAGAUUACGCUAGCAGGGGUAAAGGAUACACAGAUUUUAGGCCGGCAUUUUACCUAUACGCGGCAUUGAAACUUGGAUCGGGUGUCCUCAUGUUGCUGAUCAACUUAGAAUUCAAGGCACCUGCUAGGAACGUUGUGCGCGACGUCUUGACUGUUCUAAGGAACAUCGAAACUGCCGUACUCUUCCUCGCAUGUUUUAUUCUCGGUACCGCUUGGGGAUACAUCGAGUCGUUUCUCUUCUGGCUGAUCCAGGACCUGGGUGGAUCUAGAUCGCUUAUGGGUAUCACGGUAGCGGUAGGCGGCAUCGCCGGCAUACCGUUGUUGGCACUCUCAGGACCGAUAAUAUCAAAGAUUGGUCACGCGAACGUGCUUUUCAUAGGUUUCGUGUUUUACGCCAUCAGGCUCGUCGGCUAUUCUUUGAUUUACGAUCCUUGGCUUACUUUAAUCUUCGAGGCAUUAGAGUCGGUUACGACGUCUCUCAGCUUUACCGCGGCCGUCACUUACGCGGCGAAAUUAUCAACCACGUCAACCGACAGCUCGAUACAAGGAUUGCUUGGCGGGGUUUAUUACGGAGUUGGCAAAGGCUCCGGAAGCUUGAUCGGCGGUUAUCUAAUGAAAUAUUUUGGCACCAGACCGACCUAUCGGAUUUUCGCUGUAGUAACUUUAGUGACCGGCAUAAUAUAUUUUAUAUUCAAUAUGACUUAUUUAAAGAAGCGGUCUCAACUCGAAGGCAAUGAUAUUGUGAAGCGGAAACCGAAAAAAAUUAACGAACAAGAUAGCCCCGAGAAGCACACGACUGAUAUUAGCUUAGACGAAAAACCGCGAAGUGAACGAAUUAUUAACAAGAGCACGAUGGAAAAUGAUAAUAAAGCAUUUUUGAAAGAAGAAUCGCAAAAUAACAAAAAAAUGAAUGAACCGAAUUUAACUCAGAUCGAAGCUAUCAGAAACGCUAGGAACAUUGACGGAAUUGAACAAAAUCCAAUUAGAACACAUGAGAACAAAUUAACAACAAAGGACAAUGCGAUUCGAACGAAGAUUAAAGAAAGCGAUACGCAAGAGAGCUGUUUUAUUAAUCCGAAUUUUGAGACUGAUAAUUUAGAUCAGAGUAAAAUCACAGUGGAAAACGAACAGAGCACAUCCCAAAACGACAAGCAUAUCGAUUGAGUUUAUAGAAGGAUUCCUGAGGAUUUCUAAUUUAACGGUAGUCAAUUAAGGAAUUGAAUGCAAUAACAACGUGAGCAGUUUUAUGUAGCUUUAAGAGAGAAAAAAUAAAUUAAAAAUCUAAAAUUUGAAUUAUUCGAAAGAAAAAAGAUAAAAGAGGCAAAAGAAAGAGGUAAAAAAUGUAUUUAUUGGCACAUAUAAUUAGUUAAAUAGGGAUAACUCUAAAGAUUCAAAAAAUAU